UUUCUUUUCAAUCUUAGCAUACCAAAUUACCAACCAACCCUCCAACCUUCUCAACUUGCCGUAACCAAGAAACAUGGCUUCUACACAAAUCUCAGUCCAUCUCUGCCUCUACAACUACCACCAAUGGCCAAUGCCAUAACUUCCCUAUAUGUGAUAGAUAUUUAUCCAGAAAAGAAAACCCUUUCUCGUGAAACCCUUUCUAGAAAGCUAAACCAAGAAUUUUGUGAAACAACUUAUACCCAACUACAUCAAUUUAUCUACUUUUUUAAUCCUCUUUAGAUAUGUGUAUUCUUUGACUACUCAAAGACUGCCAUAUGAAUCUUUAGAAUCCUUGUAAGAUCCUGACGAACAACUACACGCAUUAUCUUACUUUUCUGAGAAUCAAAAACUUUUGCUUUCUUGCUAUUUCUUUUUACUAUAAUUUCCCAAGUACCAACCCCAACCAUCUCUGUUUUGCUAUUUAUUUCUUCUGUGCUUAGCACUUGCAUGUUUCUUCUUCGGUAUCUGGUUUGUUGAUGUGUGUUCUUGCUUUCUAUGUUGCAUCUAUUAGCAAUUGCAUCACUUUGUCAUAAGAGAAUAUCUGAGAUGGAGGCCUUGGAGUUGGAGGGGGUUGAAGAAUGCCCUGUUAAGCAAGUUGAAUUAACCGUCCCUAAAACUGAUGAUCCAGCGUUGCCUGCUGUCACAUUCAGGAUGUGGGUUCUGGGCCUUGGUGCUUGCGUUAUUCUGUCAUUUGUUAACCAGUUCUUUUGGUAUAGAAAGAUGCCAUUGAAUAUUACCUCAAUUUCUGCCAUGAUUGCUGUCGUACCCCUUGGCCAUCUGAUGGCCAGAACGCUGCCUCGUCGUGUGUUCUUUAAGAAUACCAGAUGGGAGUUUACAAUGAACCCUGGACCAUUCAAUAUGAAGGAGCAUGUUCUGAUAACUAUUUUUGCCAACUCUGGCGCUGGAUCUGUUUAUGCUACUCAUAUUUUGAGUGCAGUUAAGCUAUACUAUAAGAGGAAGCUUACGUUUAUCCCAGCCCUCCUUGUUAUGUUUACAACUCAGGUUUUGGGUUUUGGUUGGGCUGGGAUUUUCCGGAAAUAUCUGGUUGAGCCAGGGGAAAUGUGGUGGCCAAGUAACCUGGUCAUGGUCUCCUUGUUCAGGGCGCUACACGAGAAAGAAAAAAGACCAAAGGGUGGAACUACUCUUAACCAAUUCUUUCUGCUGGUCUUGAUCAGCAGCUUUGCCUACUAUGUCCUUCCUGGCUAUCUUUUCAGUACAUUGACAUCUUUCUCUUGGGUUUGCUGGUUGGCUCCCAAGUCCAUUUUGGUCCAACAACUGGGGUCAGGCUUGAAUGGCCUUGGAAUUGGUUCUUUUGGCAUCGAUUGGGCUACAAUUUCCUCGUACCUUGGGAGUCCACUUGCUAGUCCAUGGUUUGCUACUGCCAAUAUUGCUGUUGGUUUCUUCCUUGUAAUGUAUGUCAUAACACCGCUCGCAUAUUGGUUUGAUGUCUACAAAGCCAAAAACUUUCCCAUUUAUUCUAGUGAACUUUUCAAGUCAAAUGGUGAAUCAUAUGAUAUUUUGAGCAUUGUUGAUCCCAUGUUUCAUCUAGACAAGAAGGUUUAUGAGCAGAAUGGGCGAGUACAUCUCAGCACUUUCUUUGCUAUGACUUAUGGCCUUGGUUUUGCUACACUAACUGCUACGAUUUUCCAUGUCCUACUAUUUGAUGGGAGGGACCUAUGGAGAGAAACCAAAAGUGUGUUUCUAGGUAAUAAGAAGAUGGAUAUUCACACAAAGCUUAUGAAGAAGUACAAAUUGGUUCCUACGUGGUGGUUUGUUGUAAUCCUUGUGUUGAAUAUUGCCCUUGUACUAUUCACUUGUGAGUACUAUAAUGAGUCACUUCAGUUGCCUUGGUGGGGUGUAUUGUUAGCUUGUGCCAUUGCUUUUUCCUUCACCCUCCCAAUUGGUAUUAUUGCUGCUACCACGAAUCAGGCACCGGGUUUGAACAUUAUUACUGAAUAUGUGAUUGGAUAUAUGUACCCAGAGCACCCUGUUGCUAAUAUGUGCUUCAAGGUGUAUGGAUACAUAAGCAUGACUCAAGCUCUGACCUUUGUUUCCGACUUCAAGCUUGGCCAUUACAUGAAGAUUCCACCUCGAUCAAUGUUCAUGGCACAGGUGGUGGGAACACUUGUGGCGGUUGUCGCGUACACCUUAACUGCAUGGUGGCUUAUGAAAGAGAUUCCCCAUCUUUGUGAUACAUCCUUGUUGCCACCUGACAGUCCAUGGACUUGCCCAAUGGACCGUGUGUUCUUCGAUGCAUCCGUUAUAUGGGGGCUUGUCGGACCCCUCAGAAUAUUCGGAGUGGAAGGUGAAUAUGGUAAUGUCAAUUGGUUCUUUCUUGGUGGAGCUCUUGCUCCUUUCCUAGUAUGGCUGGCACACAAGGCAUUUCCAGAUAAGGAAUGGAUUCGUUUUAUCCACAUGCCUGUCCUUUUAGGUGCAACAUCUAUGAUGCCUCCAGCUACCGCAGUAAACUUCACAAGUUGGCUUAUUGUCGGCUUCCUUUCUGGAUUUGUUGUUUUCAAAUACAGACCAGAUUGGUGGAAGCGCUAUAAUUAUGUCCUCUCAGGUGGUCUUGAUGCUGGAACUGCUUUUAUGACGGUCUUGCUGUUUCUUACCCUGCAAUCAAAGAAUAUUGGCCUCCAAUGGUGGGGAAAUAAUGGAGAAGGGUGUCCUCUUGCUGCUUGUCCAACUGCAAAAGGCGUUAUGGCUGAUGGGUGCCCUGUUACCUAACAUUCGUGUUAAAACUGAUCUCUUUUAUCUCCUAUAAAUGGUUGUUUUCAACAAUUUUCUUCUGGGGUUCUUUUGACAAUUAUCCUUAGUUUAUGUAUAAUUGAUUGAAUUUUGCUAACGACUACUCUAAUUAUCGUUCAUAGUAAUAUUUUUAUAUUAAAUGCA